GGCAAAAGGGGAGGGAGGGAGAGAAAUGCCCAAACUCCAUUUCGUGCAGGAAUUGCCCGUGGGCUCGUCGAGGCGGGACAGGGAACUGGAGCGCGCAAAGGCCCGCGCCCACGCCGCGUCCGUGUCUUACCAGAGUCACCACCACCAUCAGCACCGAUCCCGCGAUCUGGGAUCUCGAUCUCAAUCGCAAUCGCAGUCGCAAUCUCACACUCAAUUCCAACCUCAACUACCGACCGAGAAACCUGUCGCGCUGGACAGCGAUGACAGGACCGACACUACCGGUGUUGGCGCUGGUGGCCGACGACAGCACCAGUUUGUCAUCGGGUCGAACAAUGACAUUGGCCCGAGCCCGCCUUGGGACGACAGCGGCGGCGGCGGUGAUGGCGGUGGUGGUGGUGGCGAUGGUGGCAGUGCCUCAUGUGCCUCGCAACACGGACUGCAGACGCCGCCCCAGUCGCCGCCGCAAGAAGGCGGCCCGGAACGAGACUCGAGCGGUGGGAUAGCUAGUCUGCUCCGACCGUGGGCACCGUGGGCUGCAGACACGGUCGCAGACUCGAUGUCUCGCCAAGCGCUGACGCCGCCCGACGUGAGUUGGGCCGAGAGUGGUGCUGGGGUUGGCGAUGGCGACGGCGAUGGCGACGGCGAGGGAAAUCCCAGCAGCGGCGAGGACAUGGGCGACAUUGAUCCGGGUCUCGACUACGCAUCGCUUGAAAUUACAGGAGCGCCAUCCUCAUCUCCAUAUUCAUAUUCGUCCUCGUCCUUGUCCUCAUCAUCAUCGUCGUCGUCCGCUCUCAUCCUGCCACAGACAACGGCAACACGACAUAGCAUCUACCAAAUCAAUCCCCACGCCCACGCUCAGACGACAGCACCACAUAAUAUCCCCUGGACCACGCCCGUCCGCCCGCCGCCCAUUUCCAUCUUCACCUCCCUCUCCACCUCCACCUCCACCUCCAUCCCGCACGACCUGCUGGGCACGCGCGCCGACCCCUUCGACUGCAUCCCGCGGCGGCACGCGGACGCGCCCUCGGUGGCCGCCGUGGUCGACUACCACGCGCAGAUCAUGGCGCCCAACCACGCGCCCAUCUACAAGAUCUUCGACGUCACCAACGUCUACACGGGCUACUACUUCGAGCUGCUCGCCCACCCGGACUUCCUGUACACGGGCGUCGCGAGCGUGCAGGCCGUGAUUGACCACCUGAGGCGUGCGCCGGGCGCGGUCUCCACCACCACCACCACCACCACCACCACCUCGGGGCCGAGCGAGAAUGUGCUCAGACACAUUGGCACGGCGAUGGUGAGGCUGAGGCGGAGGUUGGGACGGGUGCAGAAGGAGAUGAGAGAGGAAGAGAGAGCCAAGAGGAGGAAGAAGGACAUCAGCCCCGGUAUUGACUUUGUGCCCGAGAUUCGGCGUAGUCAUGAUGAUGAUGAUGAUGAGGUCCAUGACCCCGCUAGCAAACCUGCGGCGAAACCCAAAGGCAACAACAACGAAACCCUCGCCGUCGACGACAUGACCAUCAUGACGGUCCUGUUCCUUGCCGUGGUCACCCGCGCCAUCAACGACCUGCCCUCGCACGAAAUCCACAAGAGGACGCUCGCCUCCCUGGUCGCCGCGCGGGGGGGCCUCCAGAACCUGACCGGCCACGACGGCCUCGCGCGCUGCACGCUGAUGCAGUGGGAGUCCUUCUGGGCCCUGAACACCGGGUCCAGCAUCUUCCCGGAAUCCCGCCCCACGUACCAGCCCGUGUAUCCCCCGAGCCCUCCGAUCCCCGCCUCCUCGCCGCUGGGACGGGAACUCGCCCUGCUGCCGCGCGGGUUUCAGGCCCUGGCGCACCACCGACGGCUCGCGCUCGACGUCCUACAAGUCCUCUCCCGCACGGCGGAGGCGCACCUCGAGCAGAUGCGGCACGGCACGAUCGUCACGCCCAGUGACGUGUUCCGGACGAAGCCGCGCAAGUUCCGGGAUUUCUGGGAGGCGUGCACGUGCUUGGGCGCGCCGGACGAAGCCGUACACCCUGGAUUGGCCGGCGAGGACGGCGGCAGGGCGGACGACGCAGCAGGAGAGGCGGCGGUGGUGACGAUGCCGAAUCUGGAGAAGAUGAUCGUGUUGGCCCUGCUGCUGUAUUGUCUGCACACGUUCUCGCCCAUGAGGGCCGUGACGGCCGUGUAUAACGGGAGCCGAAUGAAAUUGACGACGGACGCGCCGAGACGAACCAGACGAAGUCCGCUGACAAUGGCGUCCGUUCGCAAUCCAGGGUUUCCCUCCCCACUCGAUCGCGACGGGGAUGUGGCGCGGGAGAGCGGUGCUCGGCACACGAGGAUGGAGACGGAGCGCGACAAGAUGGAGAGGGAAGAAGACGUCCUCCUCUGGGUGUGGUUCAAUCUCGUCGAUUCGUGGCGCGCCGCAAACGAUACCUUACUCCCUCAGGGGCGGCAGAUCAUGCACGCGUUGAGACUCAGGUUCCCCGAAAGGACUGCGACGUGGGAAGAAUGCGAGGGCGUCUUGACGGGCUUCUUUUGGAACGACGCGUUCAUACGGCGGUGUCGCGCAUUCUGGAUCGUCAGCGAGCGAAAGGAGAAUGGAUGAUCCUCGCAUCUGUCGCUUGACGGAUAUGUCUGAAAUCACUGGACCUUUUAUGCGGGCCCGCAUCUCGCGAAGUUCAAAGACCUUGAGCAUUUUAUGCCGUGUCUGGCUCAGAGUACAUACAUCGAUGCCGACUACUCACUUAUCGGAGAUUCCAACAUGUGCGUCUGUUCGUCGUUAGUCUCAGCCCUUAGUGGCCAUCCUCGAUGUUGUCAGGCAUCAAGUACAUGGUGAAGGAUAUUCAAACGAUCUCCACUCCUGACCAACCCCCUCGCAGCGGCGCUGAGCAUUCAUCAACCGCUCUCAGAAAAUCAGGUUCGGGUAGCCCUCCAUCGAUUCAGCAUGAUAUGCAGAUGCAAAGUCCGCCUCACUAAUCGCACCAUACGCGAAAGCAUCGAGCGCCAUGAUCGGGUUGAAGUCUGCUGGGUUGUAUGCAUGGGGAUUUAAAGACGGCCCAUGAUGGUGAGACUGCUGCCGGUGCUGUUCCUGGUGGUGGUGGAGAUGGUGGUGCUGUUGCUGAGGUGUCUGAACAACAUGCGCAUGCAGGUUCUCAACGGGGAUAAAUUGGCUGCCUGCUGGAGGUGGCUUGACUUCUUCCUCUUCCUCCUCGAUGACGUAGCCCGUCUGGGCUUGGGUUGUAUUCGGCGACGGGGUCGGUGGAAGUAACUUCGCCUUCUGUGCGUGGUUCUGCACCGGAGCAGGCAUCAUGCCGCCUGCUGGCGAACAUGGGGACUGAGGGAUAUGGUUGAACGAUGGCAUGUCGCUAUACAGCUCGGGGAACCUCUGAAAGAUAUCUGGGCCCAUUGUCCAACACUUGAUGUCGGUCAGUCGCUGAUCAAACACCGGGGAGAACUUGUACAGCCCCGUCUCGAUUUCUCGGGUAUAGCAGUCUCGGAAUUCAUAGGGCCAUAGAAUCCGAAAGGACUUGCAGAAUAAAUGCCAAAAAUCGUU